UUUGUUUGAAAUUCAAUCAAGCAACGGUGCAAUUUGAAUCGAACCUUUUCUUGUGAAUAAAAUAGUAAAAAUACGUGUAGAAAUAAUGGAAAUGAAUGCAGCUAGCAUAUCAAACUAUAAUAGGGACUCUGAGGCAGAUUUCGGCAUUCUAAGCCCUGUGAUACCUAAGCUACGCAGGUUUGGCGGUGUUUAUUCACCUGAACAUCUAAAUUUAACUCCAAGGCCAAGAGCCACAGCUGAUUUUAAAGAGUCCUGGAAUGAGAACCAAAACUUGCACACACCUGAAAAGAUACCUGAAGUUGACUUCAAAUGCAGGACAGCUAAACCAAAAGCGCACCAUGGUUCUCGGAAUUAUUCCUUUGAAGGCAACCAAAGCUAUCCCCGUCUGAACAGAAGGCUCCGGCCCAUUAGGAUGGAGCUGGAGACGCCCACAAAGGUCAAACCAACUGUUGAUCUUGUUAGAGUGGAUGGCCCCAACGGUCUCCGUUUCAACACCUCCCUCGCACCUGGAGACAUCACAGGCUCGCCAGCGCAGUCUCAAACGGACCGCCUGCAGCAAGCCAUCAACCCGAGCAAAGCUGUGUUCACAAUAGAAACUAAUACGUCUAAAAUACUAAUAGUGAACAACAAAGCGUGUUCUCUCCUCGGCUAUUCAGCCGGGGAACUCUGCGGGCUGAAGUUCUCUGAUCUACUGAGAAACAGGAACUGCAAGUUUUCAUUACACGAGCCUGAAGAGGGGGACGCUUCUGAGGAUGGGACCAUUAUUCUGCUUAGUGGCAAAGUGGUAGAAUUGUUAUCAAAAGACGGCCGUGCAGUGCAGGUGUCCCUGUGGAUUCGACAGUUAGACAGUGACGGGCCUUGUUUGGUUGUUGCUGAGCCGGUCAGCUGUAAAACUGUUGUGUUAACAGUAGAUGCAGAGGACGGCAUGAUCCUCUCGUGUUGCGGCGACGACGCGGCGCUGCUGUUUCAAGCGGAGUCUUGUGAAAAAUUAUUAGGACUCCCGUUAGCCUCGCUGAUCCCCUCCGUGCAACUCCCUCCUUGGGACGCGCCCAUCCCGCGCAAUGUCUCCAAGCAGAGGGCUACAGGACGAACUCUCGACGGCGGCUCGUUCCCCUUGUGUCUUUGGAUAACUAGACCAGACACUACAGAAAACACACUUUGGUCUGGCUUGAAAUCACACAAAGAGAGACCUGUAUAUGAAGUCAAUGUUAGGGUAACGUACAACGUGUCCGGCCUCCUAGUGGUCGAUGACACGGGCGUCAUAACGGCGUGCAACCAGCACUUCGCCACGCUGACGUUCGGCAAGCCGCACUCUUCGGUGGUGGGGCGCCACAUCGAGGAGCUCAUCCCGGACUUCUGCCGCGCCACCGACCUGAUCAAACCCAUGCCCGACCGGCCCAAGGGGAGGCAUGACCAGGACUCGAACGAAUCUGACACAGAUGAGGACUCGUGCGGAGCGUUCAACGGCAGCCAAAAGUCCGCCUGCAUGUCAAACGUGCAGCAAUCUCUCCAAUCCACCACGACAAGGGAAAAGUCCUCCAGCGCGCUCUGUCUCGACAAGUCUUGCAGUCUGGUCACACACACGCCUACACCCACACAGGACAUGGUCUCGAGCAUCAGCACAACAGCCACAGAACAGCGCAACGACACAUCCGCCCUCCCCGACGUGACCUCCGGGAUGUCCGGUAUCUCCAUCGACGAUGACUUCACGCCCAGCAUCUCCAAAUCUCGCUCCGAGAACAUCCUGCGAUCCGAACAGAACAAUCCAAUAGCCAAACAACUAGCCAAGGCUAACGAGAAGUCAGAUUCCAUAUACUAUACAUCACAACACUCUCAAGAGGUAACCCCUACAGGGAAUACCCCUAGAGUACGCAUGAACGACCCUUCUUUACGUCUAUCUUUCGACUCGAGCAAGUAUAGAUCUGUAAAAGUCAACCUCCCCGGCCAAGAGAAAGACAAAAGUAGUCUAUCUCUAGACUUUUGUGACUCGAAUGAGACUAGUGCGGAUUUCUUGACGCCUAUCAAUGAGAUGCCGCCGCCGGGGUGCGAGAUUGAGGAUUUGCCGAAGCAUAAUGGGAAUGAGAGUAUUGAGAGUUUGAGUAAUGAUAAUGAUUUGGAGACGCAGACGGAAUCCGCGCCAAGGAAGAGAUAUGACUUGGACGGCCCCGAAACUCCGUGCAUCGCCAAACGCCUCCUCCGAGCCCACGUGACGUCAACCCCGCAGCGAACCAAGUCCGAGUGCGACGACACUCAGGACGGCACCUAUCGCGGCAUCGUCCUACACCGCGACGGCACGCAGCUCAAUGUCCUGUACACGGUGUCGACGAUGCAGUUAGCGGCCGGCAACCGAGUCCGAUGCGUUUGGCUCGGAGUCCAACUAGAGGACACGGCGCGACACACCACGCUCGCCUCCAGCGUCGCUUCAACGGCCGAUAGCUCCCUAGUACUAGGAAACAAGUCAGUGAGCAGCAGGCCGCAGUCGAUGUCCCUCGUGAGCCAGUGCGGCGAAGAGCAAGUCUCCGGCGAGUACAACAAGCAUUACGUCACGUUGAAACAAAUUGGCAAAGGCGCCUACGGCUGCGUGAAGAUGGCGUACCGUCGCUCUGACCGUCUUCUGGCGGUGGCCAAGUUUAUAUUGAAGGAGAAAGUCGGCGCGCAGUUCUGGGUGGACGGACCCGACGGCAAGCGGGUGCCGCUGGAGCUCAGCCUGCUUAUGACCUUGAAGCAUCCUAAUAUCGUCAGCAUACUAGAUGUUUACGAGAAUGAGAAAUACUUUCAAAUGGUGAUGGAGAAACAUGGCGCAGGCAUGGAUCUGUUCGAGUUCAUUGAGCGGCGACCCGCGCUAGACGAGCCACUUCUCAGCUACAUCUUCCGACAGAUAGGCCAAGCCGUAGAGUACCUCCACUCCCUGAACAUACUGCACCGCGACAUCAAGGACGAGAACGUGAUCAUCGACAACAAGUUCCACGUGAAGCUGAUAGACUUCGGCUCGGCCACCUUCAUGAGCAAGGACACGCUCUUCUCCACCUUUUAUGGCACCACGGAGUACUGCAGCCCUGAAGUGUUGGCCGGGAACAAAUACGCCGGUCCCGAGCUGGAGAUGUGGUCAAUGGGUAUAACCCUCUACGUGCUGACAUACUUUGUUAACCCUUUCUCUGACAUAGAAGACACGAUACAAGGGCCGCUUGUGUUGCCGUCACCUGUCUCUGAAGAUUUGGAACAACUACUACGGUGGAUGUUGUGCAAGGAGCCCUCACAAAGGUGUACAGUCGGCCAGCUGAUGGCGCACCCGUGGAUACGACAGCCGGUGGCCAUCGCCAACUACGUGUUCCACGAGAUCGUCGACUGCGACCGCCACGAAGCGAAUCCUGAAACGUACUACAGUGGCAGUCUGGGGUCGCCAAGAAGCGGCUCUCCCGUCUCCUUGGCUGAUCCACUAGCUAAAGAACGCUCGAACCCAUCAGAGGUGGCAAUCCGCUCUGAAGGCAAGAACGUAUCGCGCGACGAACCAAAGCGGAACUCACUGGCGCUCCACGCCCUGUCCACCGCCGACAGAGACGCGCAGUCUGACAACUACAGUCUACGAUCAUCGGCCGAUAUCUUGGACAUCUCUUCGAAACCCGUAUCGGAAGCGGCUCUGACCGAUAUCAGCUCUGAUGCGACCGGGCACGCGGCCUGCGACAUCGACUACGACCCCGACCAGUGCGAGUGCGACAGCUGGGACGAGUGCGAGCAGGACAGCUUCUCGUAACUCGGCUCAACGGACGAGAGCGGGAAGCACAAAUACGGUAAAACGUUUAUAUAGUGCGACAUAAAAUAGUAGAAAUUAAAUAAGAUGGAACUAAAAAAACCAUACUACAUUGUUGCCAUGUGCAGUUUCCGUCAAAAAUGUGACAGUUACAUAGAAAGUGGCGCCCUCAAUUUUCUACAUUUUCUUGUCGGACUAUAAAUGUAUUACGACUAUAAACGAAAAGUGCGAAUUUCGUACAAUAAAUAAUGCAUAUUGAUCAGGUCAUAAUAAUACACCGUGUUUUUUUUUGUUUUCCGUUAAUUUCAAGGGUGCAUUCCUGAGCUUAAAUCAAAUAACUUUCUCAAAGACACCGAUAUUCCAAUUAACUCCAUUUCGGAGCUAAUCAAUAUUUUUUUUUUCCUAUAAGGCCUCUACAAGCGUGUACACUUGCCUUAGGGCCGGUUUACAUAUUGAUUAGUGUUUAGAAUGAGUUCAUACAUUUGCUACUAAACUUAAGUACAAUCUUGGUCGAUCGAUGUUCGAAAUGACAUUGAUAUGGCACAGAUUUCAAUUGUUUGGUUGAGUUAAAUGUAAUGCCCGUCUUACAACAACGCUACAUGCUACAUUUAAUUACGUUUUAAACUUAAUUUUUUUUAAAGCAAAAAAAUAUUUUUUUUUUUGAAAAUUAACUAUGUCAUUUAGUUUUCUUAAACGUACUUAACCAUACCCCGAAGUUAACGGAAUUCAAUAAAAACACGGUGUAUAAGUGGACAAGAAUGGACCAUUGGUAGUAAAAUGCGAUAUAUAGUUGGUCAAACCAAUUUGUCAAUCAGUAAGAACCAGGAAAACUAUACUCAUCCUUUUCUUUUGGGUGCUAGUACUAGUGUAAGAGAAAGAAAGCCAUUCUCUCUGUCUAUGAUUGAAAUGAGAUAGUCCUUUGACGAACUAUAUCUAUUGGGCACUGGUCCCACCGCGAGCUAGUAAGCUAUGAGCUAUCGGCUAUAAACACGAACAAAAGAUAAGCACUCCCGUGUAAAUAAAAGAGACACGGCGAUAUUUAUAGUUACUCGCCCAGCGGUGAGCUAUAAAUAUCGCCGUGUCUCUUUUAUUUACACGGGAGUGCUUAUCUUUUGUUCGUGUUUAUAGCCGAUAGCUCAUAGCUUACUAGCUCGCGGUGGGACCAGUGUCUUAAAUGUGUAAUUUUCAAAUCUCUCGCCACUAUGCUAUGGCCUUAUGAGGAUAGGCAAAUUGUCAGUUACGAGUGACAAGUUGGUAAUGUGAAAGGAGCCGGAACUAUCCUGCAUUACGAAUACUCUGUGUAUAGGCUUUAAGGGUGCUUAUUGAGUAAUCAUUUAACAUCCUAAGGCCCAGCCAUACAAAUGCAAAUCUGAAAAUUUGCCAAUGAAAUUUGAACCUAUUAUGAAGGUAAUAGGAUAGAUUUUUAUUUGUUUGAAUAUAUAACGAAACAAAAGAAAUGGAACUUUGUUGCAGUUGAAUAUGGUUUAAGUUGUAUCGAACUGAAGAAGUACUAUAGGUAGGACCUUAGGCCUUAGGAGGUUAAAAAUGAGUUCAACUGAGGCUAGAUGUGUUCUGAGAUGAGAUAUGUACACGCGGAAUUCUUAUUAAAUAUUAUGUAUAUAAUUUUAAUUCUUAUCGAAACUAAGAUUAAAAAUAUAAUUAUCGAUAGGAAAGCUACUCGAAAUUGAUUGAUAAUUUAUAAUUAUGGUCUGGUUUGACAUUUCUAUUAAAAUUUGUAUUUUCGCACCUUAAUUCAUUAAGGGUACCUGGUUGAUUUAUUUAUCUGUCUGAAGGGUUUUUUUUAUCAAAAAUAAGUUACGUAGAUUUUCACCAGUCAGGGUAAGAAUGUGUCAUUUAUUGAUAGAGCUUUUAUUAGAUAACUUUAGGCUACAAAAUUUCUAGAUUGUGGUCCUAGCAGGGACAAACUUUUAAAAAGUUUGAACAAAGUCACACUUGUCUUAAAACAAACGAAGAAAUUGAAAUUUUUUUUUAUGUUGCACAUUAAAGGACAAUCACUUUGGAGCUUAGACUAUUAGGGUCGCAUUUAAAAAAAAACUGCUUUAUUAUAGAAAGAGAGGCUAUCAUAAUGCGCCCUUUUCUUGCUAGUCAAGUGUAAAAGAAACUAAAUCGUUAGGUGACAACCGAAACUCACUAAUUACUAGGUACCAACAAGCUCAGAGCCAUUUUACACUAAUAUCAAAAUGAGAUUUAAUUUUAUGUUUUUAGGGUUCCGUACCCAAAGGGUAAAACGGGACCCUAUACCCUAUUACUAAGACUUCGCUGUCCGUCCGUCCGUCCGUCUGUCACCAGGCUGUAUCUCACGAACCGUGAUAGCUAGACAGUUGAAAUUUUCACAGAUGAUGUAUUUCUGUUGCCGCUAUAACAACAAAUACUAAAAACAGAAUAAAAUAAAGAUUUAAAUGGGGCUCCCAUACAACAAACGUGAUUUUUGACCAAAGUUAAGCAACGUCGGGAGUGGUCAGUACUUGGAUGGGUGACCGUUUUUUUUUGCUUUUUUUUGUUUUUAUUUUUUGCUUUUUGGUACGGAACCCUUCGUGCGCGAGUCCGACUCGCACUUGCCCGGUUUUUUAAUUUAGGUAAGGUGGGGAAGACUAUCAUAGGGAUAACCAUCGUCAGCCUGUCCUAGCCGGUUUCGGCCUCGGCGACUGGGUAUUCACUGACUAGUGAGAGCGACGAUCGUGAGCUCCCAGGUGGCUGACGUAGCCUAUUUUUGCGGUGAAUGUACGUCCACACUCACCGUAGAUAAAGAGCAUAGGGAUAAAACUAUCACUUGUAUAUGGAAUCCUCAUACUGUUAGUCUUGCCCCGAAGAAAAUAAACUAUGUUAGUCUUACCCCACCUUACCUUAGUGAGUUUUGGUUUUAACCUGAAGAAGUAUAGUGACCACACUACGAUGACUUUACUCAACAUUCCUUUGAGUGUUUCUUUCUUAGAAUAAAAAUUAGAUUCGGCUAAUUAUUCAAAGGCAUAGAGCUUUAUAAAAAAACAGACCAAUGUUCUAGAAAUCUCCUAGUAGUGUUAGAUGUCUUCUAGCAUAAGUUAGUUUUGUAAUUUUCUAAUUAGUUUUACAUUUAAGAUCACAUUGCCAACAAAGUCGAGUACAACAAGGAAUUAAAACAGUAUUAUGCCAUUCACUCUUGAAUUUUUCUGGCACUUAUAAAUAUUAUCCCACAUAAGGUGCUUGUAACUUUUGCUCUGUAUAUAGGCACUUGGAAUUAUAAAAUAACAUUUGAAGACUUCUUUAGUAUCGCGUGAAUUAAUAGUACAUUUCGAUGCUAGUGCGGAAGGUAUGUCAUUACUUCACGAGUACCGAGAUAUCUUGCCACGAGCCGCAGGCGAGUGGCAAGACUCGGGACGAGUGAAGAAUGACAUUUCCGCACGUGUAUCGAACGACGUUUUUUAAUACAGUUGCGAAAAAAUAAGAAAAACAUUGUUAAUCGUACACUAAAUAAAAGUGGUAACAGUGACAGCUCGGUUAGACGUCGUCUUUAAGUAUAUUAUAUCUAUGGGCGUUUGGCAGCUAUUCCGUUCCAUUCAGUCAACUUAUUAAGAACGGAAUUUUCAAUAUUGAAUAUUAAAAAAUAAACGUGUUAUAAUGAUGAAGAGGUAAGUAAUUAAAUAUGAAAUAUGUAAUAUUUUUCGUAUUUUUACAUUAACGGUAGGUUUUUAUGCUGAUUACGACGUUUAAAGGAACCUAAUAUUAACACUCAUCAAUAAGUAGUCGUGAAUUGGAACAAGUAUAAAUUUAAAAAAAUUGGAAAAGUAAAAAGCACUAGUUCGAGAUAACCAACUUUCCGCACGCUAAACAGCUACGUAAAGUAGCACUUUUUGAGCAACUGUAUUAAAAAAUAAGUUUUUGGCGCAACACUUACACUUCAGUUAAGACGAAGGAAUAUUAUAUUAGUAUAAUACUAAGAUAAUUAUGUAAAGUAGUGCAUAAUAUCGUACUGUGACCGCAAAUUUGGAGCCGUUCACGCACACGUCGAGCAAGCGGUGUGCCGUCUCUCAUAAGUAUCUGUACAUUACAACGUCAUUUCACACGCAUCCGAUCUUUACAGGCCUUAACAGGGAGACCUCAUAAUUUAAGGGGGAUUGCCAUGUACUUCUUAGAUUGGUACAGUCGCCAUCAGAUAUAUCGGAGCGGCCGUUGUGUUCACAAUAUCUGAACAAGAACACUAACGCCUUGACAAUAUAGGCAUGUUCAGAUAUUUGUGAGAGCCUUGGCCGCUCCGAUAUAUCUGAUGGCGACUCUAUUCCACCUGUCAAUAUGUAUUGCGUUUCACAUUUUGCUUUAAUGAGAGAGUAAGAGGCACUAACAGUGGACAAAGAAAUUGGAUAGAUGGAAUACCACCCUUAGGCCCACUUGUACCAUUCCACUAACCCGGAGUUAACCGGUUAAACGUGGAGUUACCAUGGUUCCGAGUACAAUUUGACACUAGGUUAACGGUUUAAUCGCUUUACCUCGGGUUAGUGGGAUGGUGCAAGUGGCCCUUAGAAUAAUAUAUUCCUAUGUUAAGAGGAGAGGUUUAAUAGAAAGACCACAAUAAUCUUCUGUUGAAAGAGGCUGUGAAUAUUCAAACGAUAAUAAAGAAGCUGAUCCUUCAUCUCUCUUCCACUUUACUUGUUACUGGUAAACUUGUGAUAUCUAUUUAAAACUUUACGAAAUCUAACAUUCUUAAUAAAUUAUAAAACUGUGUUAUCGGAAUCUUUCACCUCUACCUAUGAAACGUAAGACAAUAAGUGUUUUAAAUUUGUAGCAUAAAUUUUCUAUUUGCUCGAUAAAACACAUGUGUGUUAAAUAAAAUAAUCAAAGCCGGACAGUUGUGUACAGAUGUAGUGGAUAAUUGUUUUCCAUCGUAUUUUCUCGGAAACGAUCGUGUUCGUCAUGCUACUUCAGUCAACCUCAGUACUUUUUGUACCGUGACUGACUGAAAUAGUAAGACGCGUUCGUACGUUUCCGUGAAAAUACGAUGGAAAAUAAUUAUACACUACAUCUGUAAUGAUUAUUUCCUUACAAUUUGUCAGAUAAGAAGUCGGCAGAAAAUACAUACAUAAGUCGUGAGUUUUCGUCUCCAUUCGUAGUUGUAUCACUUAUGUCAUACACUGUAAAUAUAACCUUCAUGCUUUCAAAUAAGGUUUAUAUUGGUUCGCUUGCGCCCAUAAUCUUGACGUGUGAGUGAUGUUUUUGUACAUGAAAGGGUUAAUGAUUUCGGUAACACAUUCAAUAACACAACUGUCACUAUUCUGACUCUUAUGACUAAAAUAAAUCAAUAUUAAAUAUCAGUAUUAUGACAAUAUUUAAGGUUUUCUUUGUUGCGAAUAUUAUAAAUUAUGACUAUUGUAGGUACUUGAAGAACCAAAUUACUUUAUUUGUCAUUGUAAAUAUAAUGUAAUCUGAUAAUCAUGUAAUUUGAGUAAAAAAAUGGAUGAUUUUAUUGUUACACUUAAAAUACAGGCUGUCCUUUUUAUUACAUGCAUAAUGAAUAUAACGAUUGUUAGGUACCAUUCGUCUAAUAAAAUUCAUAAAAUAAUAAUAGAACAAUGCAAACAGAUUACACGUCCAUUCUUUGGUUACUCGGUUUGAUUAUUUUAGGUGUAACUAAAAUCUUGUUGUCAAUAUAGAACAUAGGAUUAUAUUUUUGUAGAUUUAUCUCUUAGAUGACUGUGUUAUUUGUAUAUGUGUAGUAGUCGGUUGUGAGUUUUGGUCGAUUCAAUAUAUUUGUGCACACUAUUUCAUAUUAAAUCUAAAUCAUGAGUGAACAAUGAAAAUAAAUAAAUUAUAUGAGUUAAGCCAAAUUGAACUUAAGUAUUGUAUUUGUUUUUGCAUUGUUUUUGCAGGAAAAAUAACUUGUGAAUCUAAUUUGUCUACUGGCCGCGUAGCCAAGAUGCCAAUCGCUUACGCUCCGUAGCAAUCGAAACGCAACUGUCACUGUCGCGCUAAUAUGGAAGAGUGAUAGAGAGACAUAAUGCUUUUCGUUGUCGAAGCGAUAGCGAUUGUAACCUUGGCUAGGCCGGCUGUAUAAAGUUCGAAAGCUUUCUAUAAUUUGAAAAUAUUUAUGUCUAAAUAGUUUAGUAUGUAAGUAGUUUCUUUGUUUGUUUGUUUUGUGCAGUUUAGGGUUAUUAUUUCAUUUACUGUCCACGACACCAACAAACGAACCUUUAUUUGUUAAAAAAUGUUGUCACUUAUUAGGCAAAAAAUUGGCGUCACUGGAAAGCAGGUAGAGAAGGUGGGUACCGUUUGUUGCUCCUACUGUUCCUAACUAAAUGGCUUGCCAGACUAAACUCUGUCACACCUAUCUUUGAAAGCUAAAAGAGUCAAUAUACCUGUCGGCGGCCGAUCGUAAAAUCAGGCAUAUCGUGAAACGUGAAAACCUUUGACUCGUUCCCUGAGUCGACGGAGCCCCGCCACGCGGGGCUCCUAUUUCUGGACAGUUUGCCCUUCGGGCAUCUGAAGCAAGCUAACGAACCUAUCCUACUUAUAUAUAGGAUUAAUGUGACAAUCGUUAAAACAUUACACAGGAACAUUACGAUCUGCCUGAUCUUACGAUCGGCCGCCGACAUACCUAGCUAUUACAUGGUAACAUGUAAGGUAAUGUUUGGUGGUAUCGCUAGCAAUGCACGUUUGUUUUAAUACAGCGUCCGUUUUCGACUAGUGCCUUACGGCGGACAAGUUGCGUUGCUCGUGUAGGACGUUGUGUUGUGACCAGUCAUCGUAAGUUACGAAUAAAAAUCUCAAUUAUG